UGAAAUAAAUGGUCUGUAUUACACAAAACAAAACCUAAAUCCCUAUGUAAUAAACGAAACCUAAUUCUUCUCACACAAGCUCUGCCGCACACAAGCUCUCUUAGGAACGCAGCAGAAUUCUUUGGAGCUUCGCCGUCGUUCAUCCCAUCCACCGGCCACCGCUGUCCGCUGCUACUGCCGACCGCGGUCGGCACUAGCAACCGCGCCCUGCGCUUUUCCAUCUUUUCACUACUUAGCCAGGAGAAGUACGUCUCUUUCGCUUUCCUCUCCGUCUGCAACCACAUCGACUCUCUCGCUCUCUCGCUCUGGCCAGACAGGUCAUGGAUAAAGAAAAAAAUAAGUGGUGGGAUUUUCCUAAAUGGGCUGAUGAAUUCGAAAGUGGAGUUGAUGACUAUCUUGAGAAAGCAUUUGCAACUGAAGCACAAGGAGAUCAAAUACGUUGCCCAUGUAGCAAAUGCUUGUACCGCUAUUGGCUGCAUAGAAAUGUUGUGAGAGAUCAUAUAAUCUGUAAGGGUUUUGUUCCUAGGCCAGAGAGAGAUUUUGAAUCAAAGGCUAACUUGGAAAGCUCAAUGUUCGAGCAUAGCUCUGGAUCACGUUUUAAUGAUGAUAUAGACGGGCUAUUGGAAGAUACAUUUAGGUCAGGACCAAAUGAAGAGGCACAAAAUUUUUUUAAGCUUGUCACAGAGGGUCAACAAGAACUAUAUCCGGGUUGCAAGAACUUUUCACAACUUUCUUUCACCAUUCGGUUAUUUCUUUUUAAAUGUGAUCACAAGCUAAGUAAUGCAGCAUUUUCAGACUUGUUGGAUAUUAUAAGGGAUAUGCAACCCGAAGCAAAGUUGCCGACGUCUUUUCACCAAGCAAAGAAUGUCCUUAAUGCUUUGGGCCUUGAUUAUACAAAAAUUGAUGCAUGCCCCAACGAUUGCAUGUUGUAUUGGGAAGAGUAUGCAGCUGCAUCAUGCUGCCAUGUGUGUAAAACUCCAAGGUGGAAAUCAAACAAUAAGGAUGAUAGCGGCAAAAAGUGUCAUCGAAUUCCAGAAAAAAUUUUGAGGUACUUUCCGAUCAAGAGAAGGCUGCAGAGAUUGUUUAUGUGUUCACAGACUGCUGGUUACAUGACAUGGCAUGCAAAUGGACGCCCCGUUGAUGGACUCUUAAGGCAUCCAGCUGAUGGUGAGGCAUGGAAGGAUUUUGAUUUGUUAUAUCCAAAUUUUUCUAAAGAUCCUCGCAAUGUGAGGUUAGGGUUGGCAUCAGAUGGAUUUAAUCCAUUUAAUAAUAUGAGUAUCUCACAUAGUACAUGGCCAGUUAUACUCAUAAAUUACAAUCUGCCACCUUGGAUGUACAUGAGAUCUGGUUUUAGAUGCAUCUGGUUUUAUACUGAAAGAGAUGAGUUUAGUUUUGUUUUGUUUAGAUGCAUCUGGUUUUAUACUGAAAGAGAUGACUACGGGCUUACUCGGGUUAAUCAAUCAAUCAAAAUUCAUGACUACGGGACCAACGGUUAUGGCAGAAGUGCAUAAUCGUAAGAUUGAAGAACGACCGAUAAUUAUUUUGAAUGAAGUAGGCCAACCGAUCGGUCCUACUCCUGAUCUUGUUCGUGAAUUUAGUCGCUUCUUGGGUACGGUGGCUAGAGAUUCAGAACUCACACCUUUGAAUUAUGUCACAUGGCAUAACGUACCACAACAUAAUUUAGACAACAUCUGGGAUUACGUCAUGGAGAAGUAUAUGGUUCCAAUGGAAGGACAGAAGUGGGUUUUUUCUACCAUUAAUGACUUGUGGCGUGUUCAUAAAUCAAGAAUGAAGAAAGCCCAUUAUUAUGCAUACACAACUAAUGAGGAAAGGUGGAAAAAUCGCCCAAAAACUAUUCCCGAGAAUAUAUUCAAAGACCUUGUGAACUACUGGAAUGUUGAUGAGGUUGAGGAGGCAAGUGACAUCAAUAGAAGCAAUCGUAUGCAGUAUGAUGACCCACACACUUUGGGUCCCACAUCAUUUGCAUUAUUGCGUCAUGUAUUGAAACAAGAUGAUCCCAACAAUCAAGACCCAUCUCAAGCAACAUUGUAUAAGGAAUCAAGGCUGAGAACUCCUGGGAAUCAGUACUUGACAAAAAAUGACAAGGCUUCUGAAAAUAUUAAACAAAUGAGUGAGUUACAAUCUCAGCAAGAAUGUGGAGAAAAGGAAACUAAAGAAGAUCCUUACUAUCUUGUGGUUAAGAAACCUGAAUUGAACGGGCGUUUACGCCUUCGUGGUCGAGGUAUGAACAAAUCUAAAUUGAAGAAAAGUAAUAAGGGUGCAAAGUCAAGCUACACACUUCCAGAGGAGUUCUUGCAAAGUGUCACAGCAAAAUUGAUUCCAAACAUCAGAGCAAAUAUGAAAGAAGAAGUUGCACAAGAUGUGGCAUCCAUGGUACUAUCACAAAUGAAGGCAGCUAAUCCAGGGAUAACUCUUAACAUUCCAGAAUUUUGCAUAUCGGCGAGAGACAAAUCAACACAUGAACUGGAUGGGUCAAAUGGGAAAUCUAAUGCAAAUGAUGAACUUGAUGAUGAGGAUGAACUACAACAGCUUGAAUGAUGCAACUCGAUGAUGCAGUCUUCUUGUUGAAAACUUGGAAUGCUUCUUCAUUAGGGAUGAAGUUCUUUUAUCAAGAAAACAUUCAAUUUUUUGUAGUUUGCUAAAAAAGAACCAAGACUUGACAGUUUGAUUCCAAUUGACUAAUUGGUGGAAUAUUGUUGCAGUUUUUUUUGUCCGUAGAUUGAAUUCCAGUGCAGUUUGGUCGAUUCUGUAUUUCGGUCAUGUGCUUGUUAGUUAUCAUAUUAAUUGAAUGGACUCCGGGAUGUUCUAAAUUGAUACAAUGUACUUUAAAUUAGAAAUUACAUU